AUGGAGGAUGAAGGGAAGGGGGGGAAUCUUCAGCUUUAUCCAUCUUCCAGAGAGAGGGAGCCGUUACAUAAACCACAGAAGGUCAACGUUGCGAAGACCAACAUCCCACCGCAGGAUGAGAAACCGCGACGAUCGAGCACUGUUAUUGCGCUUUCCACAGAUUGUGCAGACCUGUACGCAACCAAGAACAGGAGACGAGCCUCGAUCCUGAGUUCAGCGGGUGACCCUCGAGCUCAUGCCAACCAUCAGCAGCUAUCCGCCCAGAAGAACACGAUGUUGUCCGUUAUCCUCUCUGCACUCAGUCUUGGACAAGGCUGCUUAACAGAUAAACACGAAGAGGAAGCUAAAGUUAGAUACAAUAGCCUGUCGACCGGGAAAGAGAGAGAAAAGGAGAGCACGAAGAACCAGUACUUGCCGCCAGCACAUGAACGAGAGAGAGGAAGAGAUCGGCGCUCCAGGACUUAUCCUCACCCGACGUCACCAAUACCUGCUGAGCUGGCGUACUCUGCUCUGUCGAUCUCGCGUGAAUCCGACCGGCCAACAAGCCCCUCCCAAUCUAUACGGGAUGAGCGACGGCGGAGCAUAGCUGCGGUAACACCCCACCAUACACCCACGCGCGGUCCAGGCUCUACCAGGCGAUGCAGUGUCGCACCCGAGGCCGCUGAUCCUGAUGGACCAGGCAAGCGGUACAGCAUUCCCGAGAAGCGACGAUUAAUGCCAGCCUAACCACCACCACGCGAUACGUGGUACCCGGACAAGCCUAGCAUCUUCUCAAGGCUCACAGUUUCGGGGUGGAUAUAGGCGAUACGACCACCGCUCGCGCAAUG